UCGACCAUCAACAGGACUAAGAUAGCUGACAAACCUGUUUGCUCAACAAAGUUCUGUACUAAUUACACAAAAAGUACAGUAAAUAUGUUUUUUUCGUAUGGCAACGUGUGAAGAUUUUUUGUUUCAUGGACUCGAGUGGAACUCUGCAGGGACUCGUAACCGCCGCCGCCUCGGUUUACUCCCACCGGGUAGCAGUGACAUUUGACGGCGGCUCGUGGUCUGACGGCCCGGUGUGUCUGGUCUAUAAGGAAUUACUACAACUUUCCAGCGAACUUAGUCUGACUCUGAAGGAGAACUGCAAGCCCAAUAAUGGUAUGAUAGGAUUGUGUUGCAGCGAUGAUCUGCUCACACCAGUCUGGAUCCUGGGGAUCCUGCAGACACCUGCUGCCUAUGUCCCGCUGGAUCCAGGGGCUCCAGGGCUUCUCUCUUCCCGGGUCAUGAUCACGUGUGGCCUGGAGUACUGUGCUGUGAAGAGCGACUUCCUGCAGCAAUUCCACGCCGCUCUUGGCCAACACGUGACCGUAGAGGUUUGUGCAGUGUUGCCGAAGUUUAAACUCACCCUGGUUAAAGUCAUGCCGCUGCCAGACGCCGAGCAUAAGCAGGAAGCGAAGCAACCCGGAUCCCUCCACACAUCUGGAAAAGGAGGCUUGGCGUACGUGCUGCACACAUCCGGAACGACCGGUCUUCCCAAGAUCGUGCGAGUGCCACAUCAAUGUAUUCUUCCCAACAUCCUGCACCUGAGGUCUCUGUUUCAGAUGACUGCCGACGACGUGGUUUUCCUAGCCUCGCCACUGACUUUUGACCCCUCGGUGGUGGACAUUUUCCUGGCAUUAUCAUCCGGGGCUCAGCUCCUCAUCGUGCCUGCCGUGCUCAAGAAGAUUCCCAUGCGGCUGUCCCGGUUGCUCUUCCGGAGAAAUAAGACGACGCUCCUGCAGGCCACGCCCACACUGCUGAGUCGCUUUGGGCCGCGCCUCCUCAAACAGGACGUGUUCUCGUCCGGCUCAUCCCUGCGUGUGCUGGCUCUGGGUGGGGAGUCAUGCCCAUCACCAUCUGUGCUGAGUGCCUGGCGACAUGAGGACAACAAGACGGACAUCUACAACAUUUAUGGCAUCACGGAGGUGUCCUGCUGGGCCUGCUGUUACAGGAUCCCCCCGUCUCACCUGCAACAGUCCAGCAACAUCUCGGCAUCCUCCGUGCCUUUGGGGACUCCUCUGAUGGGCACAAGGGUGGAGGUGAGAGAUGAAGAUGGCGGCGUGGUGAAGGAAGGUGAAGGACAGGUGUUCAUAGGCGGAGAGGAGCGAGUGUGCCUCCUUGACCACGAGGAGUCUGUGGUGGCCGGGACAAUGAGAGCCACCGGAGACUGGGUGGACGUCAGACACGGGCAGCUCUUCUACUUGGGGCGAAAAGACAGGGCCAUCAAAAGGCACGGGAAACGUGUCAACCUGGACAACUUGCAGCAACUGCUCCUGAGCCUGCCUGAGGUGGAGGCCUGCGCUGUGUGUCUGCAUGAAGAAGCCUCCCGUCUGCUCGCCUUUGUCGUCACAGAGGUGUCUGCGGGCCGGAAUCAGGCUCUACCCCCCUCCUCUGGGUGUAGAGGGGACCCGAUGCGGCGCCUGCUGGAGCAGCUGACUCCACUGCUGCCCUCUUACGGUAUUCCUGACACGGUGGUGCUCGUCCCGGCUUUGCCUCUGACUCCUCAUGGCAAAGUGGACAUGCGGGCGCUUGUGAAUAUAUACCAGAGGCAACGUUUCAAUGCUGACCCUUCACAUGUGGAUGUCGCUGAACUUGAGCAAACUCUACGAACUUUAUGGCAGGACGCUCUCGGUCUUGAGUACAAUUCAGCCUUUGACGAGGGGUCCAAUUUCCUCUUCAGCGGAGGAGAUUCCCUGAAGGCACUCCGACUGUGCGAGGACAUCCUGGCUGCCACGGGAGCGAGCUCACCUCAGCUCGUGGAGGUCCUUCUCGAUGGGACCUUCAUCGACGUUCUCCGCCACCUCACCGAAAAACCUAGGCUUGACAACAGCCCCGAGGGCACCAAACGACGAGCUGAAACGGCGCUGGCUGCCCGGGCCAAGAGAGAACGCAGUUCAAUAUUCAGACCACAUGGGGGAGCUGAAGAGCGGCAGACUGUAACAGUUCUUAGACGAGGUGGUGAUUUUACAGAGAUGAGCAUCAGAAGAAGCAUCCAGGCUGAGUCCACAGCUCUGUCCCUCAGUGUGAGCUGGUCCUCGGACACAGGCAGAUGUGUGGACGCCUCCCCGGUGCUCCUCGUCCAGGAAGGACAAGAUGGCAUCAAAACAACCGUCUUCAUCGGCUCUCACUCCCACAGGAUGCAGGCUCUGGACCUGGACACUGGCAGCCUCCUGUGGGAGCGAGUCCUCGGGGGUCGAAUUGAGGCGUCGGCCGCCGUGUCGCAGUGCGGACGCUUUGUGGUUGUAGGAUGCUAUGACGGUGGUGUGUACGUGCUGCACGCCUCCUCCGGGGAGACACGCUGGGUGUUUGAGACGGGAGACGCUGUGAAGAGCUCCGCCGCAGUCGACCCCCUGACGGCCCUGCUGAUUGUGGGGUCUCACGAUGGUUUCGUUUAUGCCCUUAACCUGGAGCUCCUGCAGUGUGUUUGGAGGCGUCACUGUGGCGGCGGGGCUGUUUUCUCCUCCCCACACUUUGACCCCUCCCACCGACAACUUUAUGUGGCGACGCUGGGCGGAAAACUGCUGUGUCUUCACCCAGACAGCGGGGACGUGCUGUGGUCUCAUAGUCGGAACGUCCCCUUCUUUUCCUCACCAAACUGCUCCUCGGGCGGCGUGGUGAUCGGCUCGGUGGAUGGAAACAUCUGCUGCUUCAGUAACGUGGGCAAAGCGCUUUGGCAGUUUCCAACCGAAGGUCCCGUCUUCUCGUCUCCGUGUGUCACAGCCGACCAGGAAAAGAUUCUGUGCGGAUCGCAUGACGGCCGUCUGUACUGUUUGAACUCAGGCGACGGCUCUUUGCGUUGGACUUUCCAGACGGCAGGCAAAGUGUUCUCAAGUCCGUGCAUGUUUGACGCGGGGAGACACGUGGGCGUGGCCUCCACAGAGGGUACCGUCUACAUCCUGGACGGUCAAGAUGGACACAUGCUGAGCUCGUGGAAACUUCCUGGAGAGCUGUUCUCCUCCCUGGUGGUGUAUGGACGCUCUGUUGUAGUUGGCUGCCGUAAUGAUUAUGUGUAUUGUUUAACACUGGAAACAUAGCAGCAUUAUAUCAUAAAAGGUGUUUGUAUAUAUUUAUAUAUAUAUAUAUAAGUUUUUAUCUGUAAAAAUGAAUUCCAUCUAGGCACACAGAAGCAGCCAGCCAGUUCAGACAUGAUUUAAUUACAUUAUUUAUAACAUUUUUCAUCUCUUUAAGAAUUUGUCUGCAUGAAUCUCUUUUUAAGUGGGACAAAAAAAAAGUGCAAAUGAUACCAAACAUUUUGUUGUUACAAGUAACACUGCGUACACCACACUAUUGUGCACGAGCAUAGUUAGAAACAGAAUGACAAAGUGACCAAGCUUUUUGUCUUACAUACAAUACAUACUUACAUACAUACAGAUCAUUACACCAGUGAAUGAUGGGAGAGAAAGGCGGGUGUCACAUUUAUACAACAAAGUGAUGGCCGACAAAGAAGGACUAUCUACGUUUACAGAAAGCAGGAAGCUUAGCGAGAACCCCAAAUCAAAAUCCGGUUCUAUCAUCAUGGCAGCUCGCUUUGUCACAGUCGUCACGGACACAGUGAACAUUUUCAACGGCUCCUUUGCGAAAAAAAACACCACCAUAACAACGGCGCUUCCGUCUGGAUCAGGAAGCAGACUCGUCAGGGUGAUGUUGCUGCUAGCCCUUAUGGAGACACACCUUUUGUAACACUGGCAAGCUUCACCUCUUUAAUCCGAGGACUUUCACAUUGUGUUUCGUGAAUUAUUUACAAUCCCAGUGCCGCGGUUGGCUACAAAAUAAUUGAAAAAAUUGGCUCUUGCAGGGCAUCUGCCAUGUGAUAGUUUUCAUUCUGUGUUAGGACGUUAGCCGCAUGCUUGCAACCUUUCUUUGUCAUAUAUUUAUAUACUGUAUAUAUAGUGUAUUUCAAUACUUGGAUGCAUCCAGUGUAGCUUUACAAAGUUGGGAAUGACUUGUUCCACAGAGAGUGAUGGGAUCUUUUGUUGUGCAGUUAGUGUAGUCUCCAUGCAGAGCCCAGUGCCAAGCUGGGGUGUGUGUGUGUGUGUGUGUGUUACUUGAUGAUCUGGGGACAGUCGCUCCAGGCUUUGGCCUUUCGUUUGGCCAGUGCCAGCCAGGCGGGCUCUGUGGACACCUGCGGGGAGUCGAUGGAGGGGAAGCGCUUAGACACGUCCUUGACAGCAGGUGGCGAUGGUGUGGAGUCUGCGAUUUCAACUAGUAGUGAAGGGGAAACGUUAGUCACAUGUUGAAAGCACAUAGGCGACAGAAAACCAGUAAGAACUACAAAGGCUGUAUCUCAAAUUGAAUACUUCCAUUCUUACACUUCAAUAUGUAUACUAUGUACACUGCAUACUUUGUUCCUGAGGGCACAAUGCUGUCCCAAAUAGAUUAUUGUCGAUGUGCACAUACUGGAAAUGAUGAUCACAAUAUUUAAUUUCAUGUAUUAUUUAGCUUUUAAUUAUUAAUUGCAAUAGUCCCUCCCUUUCUACUAGGUAGCCAAAAUGGUGACGAUGAAGGGCGGUUAGACUCCAUCACUGCACACUCACCAUUUGGGGUUUGUUGAGUGCAACAUCUGGGUGCUGAUGGAGCGCUGCAUUUUGCCGCACUUCUCAGUGUGACCGCACUUAAGUGUAAGUAUGGAAGUGUGCCAGUUGAGACACAGCUUGUUUUUUGGCCUACCAGUGACCGAGCUGGGAAGAGUGUUUGCUUUUCUCAGUUGUUCUCUGCGCUCAAAUCGUCCCAGGAGGCUGUCUGGUCUCUUGGGAUCCUCCGGCGUCUGAGCUUUAGAACCUGGACUUCUGCUCCCGCUACCUUUGCUCUCCGUGGG